AUGGUUUCGACGAAGAAGACGGUUCGAUUUCUCUUCCCAGAUGAAUGGAUCUAUCGCCUGGCGCAUGCCUUCGCUAAACUCCUUUUCCGCUAGAUUUAUUCCCAGUGGUCUCCCGUAUGUCGUUCUGAUUCGCAACGUUUGCUUCCUUCUCUGAGCAGAAGAAGACCCAUGAGAGCAUUAACAACCGGCUCGCUCUUGUGAUGAAGAGUGGCAAGUACACUCUUGGAUACAAGACCGUCCUGAGGACGCUGCGGAGCUCCAAGGGUAAGGGUUCUUGUUACCAUCCCUAUCGACUCUCUCCACCAGCGAUAUGUCUUCAGUCUGAUCACUCCGCAACAAUCCUUUGGCGUGGCCCUGUCUUGUUAGGAAUCGGUAUUCUUUUUUAGGUACUUUUUAUGUUUCAUUACUUUUCCUGGGAAUGGAUACUCAAGGAUGGUCGCUAGUCGAUUUUUGGGAUCACAUCGUGAGCUUAUGAAUAGAAAUUUUUCGUCUUUGCUAGACGUUCGACGUUGACCAACUAUACGAUUUGUAUUUCAUUGAUGUACAGUUCCAAUGCCUCGUGAUGAAUAACCGAUGUCGUCGAUAAUUUUGCAGCCCCGCAUCUUUUCGAAUGCACACCACCAUCCAAUUUAAUUCAAUUUGGGUGUUUUUCUAGAUUUAAAGACAUUUAUUCUAUCUUGUAUUUGUUGAAUACUUAAGAUUUAUGAGGUGAGGUUUCCUCAAUUACUUGGGACUGAAGUUUGUUUCUUUGAACUGAUGAACCGUGUCCUAGAGAUGAAUCCAGUUCCUUAGAAAAGAGUCACUAUUUCUUUCUCCUCUCGAUUUUUUUCCUAAAGUUUCGCGGGGAAACACUGAGAGUGAGACAUUAUGAUUCGAUUGUCUGUUGCUUCUCAAUGUUCGAUUAUGAGUUUUAUCUAACUUAAUGCCUAAGUUCACAUUUCCAGAAGAGUGUACUUUGUGUGAAAGUGUUUGAGAGCGUACCUUAAAUACCUCAUUAUACGUUUAACUUUCCUAAGCAGGUUUUUCCGUUUAAAACACUAAUAAGCGACCAGAUAAUCAUAAGUUACAAAAGAUAUCGUCGUUUUUUUCUCUCCAAAUUGUUACUGAUAUCAUAAGCAUCACAUUUACUGUCAUUUUAAUUAAUUCCUUUCGAGCUGAUGUUUAAUGAACGGCGAACGGCGCCAACAUGCUAAUGUAUCUCGUUCCAUAUGGUUAGAAGGUAUGUAUAGAUUAUUCUUCUUUCAAGUUUGUGAGCUAAUUGAUGACCAUUUCCUGCAGCUAAGCUGAUUAUCAUCGCAAACAAUUGCCCUCCCCUUCGGAAGUCAGAGAUUGAGUACUACGCAAUGUUGGCGAAGGUUGGAGUUCAUCAUUUCAAUGGAAGUAAGUAGGCAUUCCUCUGGCUAGAGUUUUGAAUUGCUGCUAUGCUAAAUGAUAUUAUAUUCUGAUGAUAUUCCAUUAAAAGUUUUGUCUUUUUUUGCCUCUGAAGCUUUUGGCUUUUGGUUACAUGUUCAUUAUAGCCAUUCUUCUUCAUUUUCUUGGUUGUAUUUACAUCAUUCCUUUCUUUGCAAUGCCCACAUGUUAAAAAAAUUCAUGAAGUAACUUUGGAACAUAAUAAUUGAAGUUUUUGGCUUCUGUGUAGAUGCAAUUUCUAUCACAGUCGCUCCAUUUAUUAAGUUCUACUAGGUCAAUGGCGACGUAUUUAACACUUACAUUCUCGUCAUGUAAGAUCCCAUAAGUUAUCUUUUGUGUCUACAUGGUUCAAUACUUACAUACAGAAUGUGUAUUCAUCGAUUCGUAACCUGUUUUAGUGUUAAAUUUUGUACGGAAAACCAGAUUUAGUGGAAUGUUCUGGAUUUUAUAAGAACAUGCUCAUGCUCUAACCUAGGCAGUGCUUUGAAUUUUUUUGUGUUAUGUGGGCUCUAGACUGAACCCUGUGAAUCAGUUCAUGGGAGACCGGGGGACAGGGAGGACAUGGCCCAUUUUAUUAUACGUAUUCAUGAAAUUUUGGGGAGGGAACUGCUUCGUAGGGAUGUGCAACAUUACUAUUUUAAUUAUGUUUUUUGUUACACAACCUCGUGUUUGACUUAUUCAUUGAGACCACAAUCCAAUGAAAGCGCUAGUAGUUAUGCUUUGAAAAAGAUCUUCCGUGUAAUUCAGCUGACUGUUUCAACGCGUGGGCUUCUCACAGACAACGUUGACCUGGGAACGGCGUGCGGCAAGUACUACAGAGUCUGCUGCCUGAGCAUCAUCGAUCCAGGUGAGCUCCACGGACCACCAUAUCCAUCAGAUCUGCUCAUUUUGACGGUUGACUUCUGUGUAAACGCCGGUGCUCAAUGAGACCGUUUGUUGUUUCCUCAGGUGACUCCGACAUCAUUAAGAGCAUGCCGGGGGAGCAGUGA